AGGGUUGUUGCUGAAACCCAGUGAAGGUCGCUGGGGUUACUCUUUCCCAUCCACACAGACGCACGCUUCACCUGACGCGAGCACUGCCGUGCGCGACAGCUAGAGCUCAGUCCCAGUUGUCUCCCACUCGUGUGAGGAGCCUGCUGGUGAUCGGACUGUCGCCUGGAGCAAGUUGGCCGGACUGGAGUUGAUUUACAGCCGAGUCACUCUCUGAGGCACAUAUUUGUCUGCAAAGGGAGACGUUGGAGAGACGAGAAGAGGAGGAGUAAUGGCUAUGGCCAACAUUGCAGAGGAUGACCUGGAUGAAAUGAUGCGCGAGGAAGCGGAGGACGUCUUCUUUGAAGACGGAGUGUCGUCUCGUAUCCCGGACAUCAUGGCGGCCGGCACACACUCCCCUGGAGGGCCUAAUGGCAUAAUACGGAGCCAGUCCUUUGCGGGCUUCAGUACUCUGCAGGAGCGACGCUCGCGGUGCAAUUCCUUCAUGGGAAACUCUGCAGUGCCGAAGAAGCCUCAGUCCAAGCCCAAGAAGCCCCACCUCUCAGGUCACAAAGGGGGCAGCAGUUCCAGAGAGCCGCAACCCAAAAGACUGGAGGAGGUUUACAAUGCCCUCAAACAAGGACUAGAUGAAUAUCUCGAGGUUCAUCAAACGGAGCUGGACAAACUUAUGUGUCUGAUGAAGGACAUGAAGAGGAACUCGCGUCUGGGAGUGCUGUAUGAUCUUGACAAGCAAAUAAAAAGCAUCGAGCGGUACAUGAGGCGUCUGGAGUUUCACAUCAGCAAGGUGGACGAGCUGUACGAGGCCUUCUGCAUCCAGAGCCGGCUGAGGGACGGUGCCAGCAGGAUGAAGCAGGCCUUCUCCUCCUCUCCCUCCACCAAAGGCACCAAAGAAAGCAUUGCAGAAGUCAACCGCCGCUACAAAGAGUACACAGAGAACAUGAGCACCUUUGAGGUCGAACUGGAGAACCUGCUCGGGGAGUUUCAUAUCAAGAUGAAGGGUUUGGCUGGAUUUGCUCGACUCUGUCCUGGAGAUCAAUAUGAGAUCUUUAUGCGGUACGGUCGCCAGCGGUGGAAGCUGAAAGGCAGAAUUGAGGUGAACUCCAGACAAAGCUGGGACGGAGACGAGAUGAUCUUCAUGCCUCUCAUCUCUGAUCUCAUCAACAUCAAGGUGACGGAGCUGAAGGGCCUCGCCACGCACAUGCUGGUGGGCAGUGUCAUCUGUGAGACCAAAGAGCUGUUCACCGCCAUGCCUCAGGUGGUGGCUGUGGACGUCAACGACCUGGGAACCAUCAAACUCAACCUGGAGGUGACGUGGUACCCCUUUGAUGUUGAGGACCUGACUCUGUCAUCUGGCAACUUGAGCAAAGCUACAGCUCUCCAGAGGCGAGUGUCCGUCUACAGCCAGGGCACCCCAGAGACCCCCACUUUCCAGGACAACUCCUUCUUUAUGCAGCCGUAUCCCGUGGAGCGCGGGCGCCUCUCCUUCCUCCACAUGCUCCGAGAAACCCUGCUUGAGAAGCUAAGGCGCAGUCGCUCAUUUGGUGACCUGGCGUCCCUCCGGCCCAGGCCCAAAUCAAGUCUCGAGGUCUAUUCCACUUUACCAGAUGAAAUCUUUGAGAACGGUGGUUGCGGCGUGGCCGAGUGCAAGCGCCUCUCCUUCACCUUCUCCGACACUUCCGGUCCUUCCCCCAGUCCGGCUCCGGUCUCCUUCUCCCAAAGCCAGUCCAACCCUGAAAUCACCGUCACCCCUCCAGAAACAGAAUCUUUACCUGCGCAAACCCUCCCAGCUAGGGAGAAUUCCAUUGCAGAGGAGCAUUUAGUGGAAGAAGAAGAAGAGGAAGAGGAGGAGGAGGAGGACUAUGAAGAGGAUGGAGAGACUGGUAGCAGAGGAAGCGGGGGCAGCAGAACCAGUGCAAGCCUUGCCAGCGAUGAAGUGGAUGUUGCAGAGGACUCAGAGUGGGAACGCACUGAGUCCCAGCGUAAUUCUAGCUCCAACUGUGGCUCAGCGGCCCCCUCCCUGUGCUCCGAUGGACACCUGUCCACAGUGGCCCCUGAGGAUGUGUUCCUGGAUCACGCGGAUGACCUGAAACCCGUUGAACUGGACACAGAGGAGCCGGGCAACCUGACCAGACAGCUUGUGAAGAGGCUGACUUCUUCAGAAAUUGUGCCGUCUUGUGGAAGUGCCGCCGACAGUGGGGGGAGCCUGAGCUGGACAGGUGAGGGGAGCAGGGCGUUCCUAGAGAGCAGCCUAGAGGAAGCCAUCCACAGUCUGCUGGCCAGGCUGGAGUCACUGACUCACCGCUGCAGAGAGCUUCAGGAUCUGGAGCAAGAAGUGAUGCGCCUGGAAGACCUUCUCAAGUGCCGUCUCCCAGGUCACAGGAGUCGGUCCUCCAGCCUCAGCCUGACAGUGGAAAGCGCUCUGGAGAGUUUCGACUUCCUCAACACCUCUGACUUUGACGAUGAGGAUACUGGAGAUGACAAUACCAGCCUUAGCAUUCCUCAGCAGAGGUCACCGCUUUUUGACACUGAUGGAGAGAGGAUUGGGGGUCAGCAUCCAGAGGCCAGAGGACACCUGAGUGAAGCCCUGACAGAGGACACAGGAGUGGGCAACAGCGUGGCAGGAAGCCCCAUGCCACUGACAACUGGAAACGAAAACCUGGAUGUGGCCAUUGUCAUCCACCUCCAGUACUGCAACCAUCUGGUCCAGAUGUUGAGCAGCGGUGUGGGAGUGUGGCAUCGUCGCAGUCUGCUACUUAAACUGUCUGGACAGACUCAGCUGCUGGAGGAGCUCGGAGAGAUCAGUGUGGACCGUCUGGGGGCGGUUACCUCUGCAGCUGACGUCCUUCCGAGCCUUGCAGAGCGCCCCCAACUGAUGACUCUGUGGUCAGAGUGCAGUGGAUCUGCUGGGCUCUUCCACACCACUCUAGAUAGAGUGUUGAAACACUUGAACCAGCGGUACGCCGCCGUCCUGCAGGAAAGACACCCGCAUAGCGCUGACAGAGUGAUUGGCAUUGUUGUGGGUGAGAUGGUGGACAGGAGGGAUCUGGAGUUGGACCUUAACCCUCCUGCUGCUACCCUGUCCCAGGAUGUCUUGACUGUGUUUCAGUUCCACAGCUACAUCCUGCAACAUGAAGUCCUGGACAUGGAGACGCACCUGCUACACCUGGCAAGAGAGGAGGUGUUUGCAGAGGUCCUCUGCUCUGGGGAUUCUUCUCAGUGUCUAGCAGAGCUGGAGGAGGUUCCUCUGGCAUCUCUUUGGCCUCGAAACAGUUCCCUGAGAGUCCUGGCCUCUCUGCUCAAUGCGAAUGACCAGCGGGUCAGCAAGGCAGCGGCUGACUACCUCUCCUCUGGAGCAUCAAGCAGACACUUCAGGAUGAGGGCGGUGGAGUAUUACACUCAAGCUCUGUCAGAGGCUGGAGGUCAGAGCCAGAGAGCAGCCUGCUCGGCCCUCAGCUGUCUGCAGGCAGUGGAGAGCAUCAGAGCGAUCAUAUCCCUCUGCGAUUCAGCCGAUGAGGAGCUCCGCCAUGUCGCCAUAGAAACACUGCUCACGUUUGGUGAGGAAGGACGACUGGCGUAUGAGCAGCUGGACACUUUGUCUGGGGAGCUGAUCCGCCUGGGCACGCGGCGAGGAAACGCCGUCACCACCGCCUUCUGAGCCGCCACAUCAAACUCCAUCCUUGCUUGACUUCAGAGGACAGCUGUAACCUCAGGCUUCACAGAGCUGAUCUUUUUUCUUGCUCUUUGGCAAGCUGUCAGCCAUGAUCAUGUCGCUUUUUCAGAAGAAUUAACUCAAGAAAACCAUACCAACAGCAGGAACACAACCUAUAGUCUCACAGCGCGCACCCUUAAACUCACCUUUUCUCUUUAAACAUCAGUGUCAGACACUUCUCCUUUACCCUGCUUUCUGAGCCAGGCAGAUGGGUGAAAUCGAGCGGGACUGAAUUAAGACUGAACCCUCAUCUGCCCCAGAAGGUGGGAGACGAAGCAUCUUUGCCCUGCAAAUAUUCUCUGCCGACAGACUGCACGUCACACUUGGAUCACUCAGCGAGUACAGCUCUCGCUGUGUCACAAUUUAUGCUUUAUUUCUCCACAAGGAAGUUUUAUUUGUUUUGUUUUUCAUGGUUUUGCAUCAGAAUACUUCUGAUUUUAGAAGAUUGCACACUUGUAUGGCUUGUAAAUAGGAAAUAAUUCCGACUUUGGUGUAAAAUGUGGUGUUUAAAAUGUAAUUUAUUACGUUCCAUCUAUUUUUUUUUUUCUUUUCAGGAAUGCUUUGGUUUAAAGAUGUUUGGCACAGGAGAGUUUGUAAGAGAAAAUGAGAUCAGAAAGCAGUUUACAGUCUGUGUGAAGGUGGCUUACAGUGCCCAGGGUCCAUUCACUCAGCCGUUUACAUGCUUGCAGUUUAACAAGUGCAAUUUUCUGUACAUAUGUGAUUUUUUCGCACCUGGCUGAUGUGAGAAGCCUGUUUUUUAAUUGUCCGCUUUGAUCACCUGAGCCUUGAAGUGGUUAAACAGGUAAAUUUUACAAAUGAAAUGUAAAUGCUUUUUUUUUCUUAACAGACUUGGAGCCAUUCAAAGGCAAUAAAUUCUUUUAGCCAUUUUACUGUUUUUAGGUACUGAUUAUUAAUUAAGCCUCACUUCAAAGUGGUUGACAGAAAUAGUGGGGAAACUGAUCUGAGUAAAGUAACUGAUUCUAGAUCCUUUCAUUGCUACUGUACUACUGAGUCUAAUGCACAAAACAUACCCAUUACCAUAUCUUAUUUAUAUUUCUUAGAAUUCGAAUUAGGUUUGGAUCUAUACCAUAUACAUACAUUUUGUAAAUUAUUUGUAUACUUGUUUUAUUUUCAGCUUUUUGUGGUCCAAAUUAUGCCUUCAUUCUUAAUUUUUGGUAGUUUAUUUUGAAGGAAUAUUACAGGAAUUAUUUUGAAAAAGAUAAUCUUUUUUCUUAAAGACUCUUAACAUUCUGGGACCUUGUUUUGAGAUUUUAAAGUAGAUUUAUUAUAACCAAACAUUCAAUUUAAAUUGAUUUUAACACACUAAGUAUAAGGAAGAAUGUAUUGCAUCUAGAAAAGCACAAUUAAAAAUGACCCUGAACUGAUUACUCCUGUUUAGAUUCAGUUACUGCACAAUAAUAAAGCCAUACUAAUUUUAAUGGGCCAUGUGCUUAUGAAAUAUGGUUCAGUACUGUAUCAUAUGUAAAUGUGUGAAAAAGCUAAGCUUUUAGCUUUUUACAGAACACAAAGGUCAAAACUUAUUUUUCUUUCCAUGUGGAAAAAAACUGUAUUUUGGUUCAGUGUUGCAUUUAAAUCCCUUAGUGGAUGACACAUUUUCUUCCAUAAACUUGCAGUAAAUAGUGUUAAGUUAGGAAAACCUGGCAUAAACAUGCUAAUCUGAAACCUGUGAUUUAAAGCUGAACUUCAUUCAUCUGUGGUGAUUGCUUCAGCACCAUUUGCUUGCAUACUUUAACAGCAGAAUUCCUUCUGCUAAAAUACUGCAAUAAAGUUUAUUUUUGCAUAUUAA